AUGGUGAAUCAUCCUAUUUAAUUCGUAGCCGCUCAUCUGUUCCAUUAGCUCCUCGUAGUGUCAACCUUGAAACCACUCUUCAGGCUGGUAAUUAUGAAAUUAUUCCACGUAUAAAUCGUGAAAUUACCCCUCCUGAUUCAGAUACAGGCGAAACAACUGAUUAUAAAGAGGACGAAGAAACUAAGAAACGUAAAGAAAAACGUGCUAAAAGGCUUCAUAAGGAUAAUUAUGAGUCCGAUUCUGAUGAUGAUGAGGAGGAGGAGGAUAAAGAAGGUACCAAUAAGAAGAAUGAAGAAAAAUGGGAUUUACAAUUGGGCUUGAGAAUUUAUAGCAAGUGUAAAGAAAUUAAACUGGAAGGCCAUCCAGGAGAGUUUUCAAAAAAUAAAGAUAAGAAAGAAGAUAAUAAAGAAGAUAAAGAUCCGGAAGUCGAUACUAAAGUUAUUGAACCUAAAGAUGAUAAAACAGAUGAUGAUAAAAAUAAGGACGAUAAAGGUAAAGAUGAUGAUAAGAGUAAAGAGGAUAAUAAGAGUAAAGAAGACGACAAGAAAAGGAUGAUGAAGAACAAAAAUAAGAAAUAUCUUAAUUAA